GAACAACCCGAGUUGCCCCAAGAGGACUUGGCAGCAAAUGAAAAUGAAGUACAAAAAUAAAGUUCAAACAGGUGUCGCGGAGAGCACCAAUGUCUCACCCCGAGACAGAUGCAGCACCUGGCUAGAGCUGAUUAGGCUGAAAGCUCACACCAUAAGACGAGGAUCAAUUAAGACAAUCUCGUCUUUGGAGCGCAGCAGUCCGCUGCCUGAGGGACGCUCCCGCUCGCUGCGCUCCAACCGCUCAUUUGGAGGCAGCUCGGUCACCGUGGUGAAGAUGACGCCGCUCUCCUUCCUCCCCGGGACACGCAUCAUUAAAUAUCUUGGGAUCAUCAACAUGUUUUUUAUCAGAGAGACGACGUCAUUACGGGAGGAAGGUGGUGUUAGUGGCUUCCUGCACACUUUCAUAGCGGAGGUGUUUGCGAUGGUUCGAGCUCAUGUUGCAGCCCUGGGAGGUAACGCAGUCGUGUCCUACAGCAUGAAAGAGUGUGUGCUGAUGGAAAAUCCAAACAAGAACCAGGCUCAGUGCCUCAUCAAUGUUAGUGGCGAUGCCGUCAUCUGUGUCAUUGAAACGGACCAGGAGCCCAUGCCCUCAGCAGUAGGUACCAGACAGACCUGUAGUAGCGGAGCUGAUGGGACUACAUGACAAUGAAACGCUGCGCCUCCCUAAGUCUGCAGGACGCACAAUCUGAGUGAACACGACGUCCAAAUGAGUCCCUUAUGUCUGCCUUAAAUCUCUGUACAACAUCCAGGGUCUGGCCACCAGUAACAAAGAGCAAGUAUUCACACACUCCCAAACA